AUGAAUGAUAAAAGAAAAAUUCACCCAUUACAAGCAACUCAGGUUUCUACUAUUUCUGAUGAAUUUGGUCAGCGUAGAUCCAUCAGUUCACAUAGUGAUUUGAACAAAUUGGGACAUGAGGAAACUAGCCUUUAUGGAGGUCUUAAAAUACAGACGAACAACAUUAAUACAAAGACAAAUGAAUCUCCAAAGCAACAAAACAACAUCAACGAUCCAGUUAUUAUCCUUGAUAAUUUAAACGAUUUAAAACAACAUUCAAUAAAUUCUCGUGCUUCUUCUCAAUCAACAGCUCCAAUUUAUAGCAGGCAUUUAACACUUUCACUUCAAAGGCAACAACAUUCAAGUACACCAACACCUUCCUUUCAAUCUCCCGCUGGCGGCAAUUUACCUUCUUCAUAUGCUACAAUAACACGUCUUCAUAAAUUGUGGGUUUAUUUAAAAUUUUUUAAAUUGUUUUUAACGAGUAAUUUCCCGCGAAUUUGUUUGACAAAAACAAACAAAAAAUCAGUGUCUUUUAAUUUCUUAAAAUUUAUUUUUAAAUUGUAUUUUUCGUUAAAAACAUCUAUUUACUAUGUAGUCUUCACGUUCAACUAUAUAAUUAAUUAA